GAGGAGGGGUGAGCGGGGGGUUGGCCCGUCGGCACGCGCAGACAGCAGGGAGCAGCUGCAGCAAGAAGAUCGCAUCGCGUUUCACUGCAUUGCAAGUGACAUUUUAACAUUUCCUCUAAAACUUAGAGAAAAGCACCUAUAAACGACACUUAAAAAAAUGGUAGAUCGCGAGCAACUGGUGCAGAAAGCCAGGCUGGCUGAGCAGGCAGAACGAUAUGACGAUAUGGCAGCUGCCAUGAAAUCGGUGACGGAGCUGAACGAGGCCCUGUCCAACGAGGAGAGGAACCUGCUCUCGGUGGCCUACAAGAACGUGGUGGGCGCGCGGCGGUCCUCCUGGCGCGUGAUCAGCAGCAUCGAGCAGAAGACCUCGGCGGACGGCAACGAGAAGAAGAUCGAGAUGGUGCGGGCGUACCGCGAGAAGAUCGAGAAGGAGCUGGAGGCCGUGUGCCAGGACGUGCUCAACCUGCUGGACAACUUCCUGAUCAAGAACUGCAGCGAGACGCAGUACGAGAGCAAGGUCUUCUACCUGAAGAUGAAGGGCGACUACUACCGCUACCUGGCCGAGGUGGCGACGGGCGAGAAGCGCGCCACAGUGGUGGAGUCCUCCGAGAAGGCCUACAGCGAGGCCCACGAGAUCAGCAAGGAGCACAUGCAGCCCACCCACCCCAUCCGCCUGGGCCUGGCCCUCAACUACUCCGUCUUCUACUACGAGAUCCAGAACGCGCCCGAGCAGGCCUGCCACCUGGCCAAGACCGCCUUCGACGACGCCAUCGCCGAGCUGGACACCCUGAACGAGGACUCCUACAAAGACUCCACACUCAUCAUGCAGCUCCUGCGAGACAACUUGACACUGUGGACAAGCGACCAGCAGGACGACGACGGAGGGGAGGGCAACAAUUAAAAGCCGGUGGACUGGGCAGCCGCUUAGCUGAUGCUACUACCGCAAGCAGUCUUUAUUUUUCCACAAGUUUAAAGAUAAAAGAGGGUUGGGGGGAGGGGGGGAACCUUCCAGUAGUUAAAAAAAAAAAUAGAAAAAAAAACCACCCUCCUCCUUCUUGAUCGCCUCUUCGACAUUUGCCAAAACACCACUUAGAGGAAAAGGUCGGUCAGUCAAAAAAAAGUGGCUGUUGUUGGAUUGGAAUGGCAGCCUCACACUGGCAUCUGGACUGUUCUCGUAGUACAAACAACGUGGAGCUGCUUAUUUAACUUUAGGGGGGGGGGGCUGAUGAUGUGAAAGAUAGCAAGAUAGAGUAAAAACGUGAAUGUGAAAGCCUCAAAACAUAGUUUGCAAUGGUUCCAGUAAGCUUGAAGAAGGGGCUACCUUUGACCUGUUCAGAGAGCACUUCCAGGAAUCGCACAGCACAUCUGAAUAUUAGUACCCUUUCGAAGGCGCACACACACACACGUGUGCACCGAAUUCUAAAAAGAAGGAAGUCUCCACCUUAGUUUAAACUUGGAAACAUGACUCAUCGGUAACUAGCCAACAUGGUAGUGAUGACCUACAGCAGGUGCACAGGGAGGAUAUGGUAAAUCUCCUUUCCCCUUGCAUGCCGAUCUAACGUGUUGUUAAUCAACCCUUAAGACUGAAAGCGAUUAUCGAGGGAAUUCUGGAAAAGAACACCGAGAAAAUUGCCCAAAUGAUGAUAACGUGUGGCCACGGAACAAGGUCAAGCAUUUACUGGAACCAUGAGCUCUUUGGGGGUGUUAAGGUAACACUGACGGCAGAAAACUGAUGUGUUUAAUGGGAUAGAUCUUAAAGCAGCUUUGAGGUUUGUGGUUUGUUUUUAUUUGUUUUGUUUUUUUAUUCUUAAAAAGAAAUGCACUUGCCUAUUAUACUGUUUCCUCAGUGUAAGACGAUUCCUGCUCCAAUAUUCUCGAUAAUACAAUAUUGUGCAUGCUGGUGACGUAUUUAUGUAAGGUAGCUUGACUUUAUUAACUUAUACUGUAGGUGUUAUGUAUUCCUAUGAACAAGAAAUGACUAGACUUCAAACUGAUUUUUUAUUUCCUUUUUAUUAUGAGUUUCUUUUUUUUUUCCAUUUGCUGAAGUACGCUAUACCAAAUCAGUGAUUGUUAACAAUAAAUUGAUCUGUUAUGGACGUUGCUUAGUGACAUGCAGUUCUGUAUUUGAUUUGUUAAAAGCGGAAGAAAACAACACCAGUGUUAGCUUACUCUUACUGUCUGGUGUUUGUCAUGGUGAAAUUAUAAUUAUUACAGUGUAAACGAUUAAUAUGUUGUUCUUAGAAUGACCUUUCUGUUUGUGCUCUCUUCUGUCAUGCAGUGAACUGUUUAAGGUUUCAACAGUGGUUUAUUUUAUCAGAAUCAGUGUUUCUGUAAGGAGUUCCUUCACACACGGACCAUUUUAUUUAUUUUGGAUUUUUUAGCUGUCUCCUGAGUGAUGAAUAUAUUGAAUGUGAGUCAAUAUGUAGCGGUCGCACAAAAUAAAAAAAAAAGAGAGAGCUCUUCUACUGCACCAUUUCAUAGCUGGUUGUGGGGAGUUGUUCUGCAUUGUCAUUAUGGAGUACACCCUUGUUUCUAAAGAGAUCAUGACAUGGUUUCAUGCUCCUGAUAUCACGGGCCUUUCCUCACUUCUGUGACUUGACACUUUCUUUUACCUUCUUUGCGAUAAAAUGGCUUUUUGUUUGAAUGGAACAUUGUUAAAAGUCAAGUAAAAAGAGUAGGAUGCUGGAACCAGCAUUACUGCAGGUACCCUGUAUGCAGCUGACAUUUAUUCUUAUUCUUAUUUAUUUAUUAUUUAGUGUAGUUAAUUUAGAAUAGUCAUGAAUUGAAUUGUAUUGCUGUUGUUUCUCAGGGUUGUGUUGGAUCUAGCAGUAGGGAAAAUGGUUGUUGUAGUCCCAUUCAUUGUAGGCGGAAUGGAAGUUCCCUUUUUUGUGUUUUUUUUUCUGGGAAAAUGUGGUUGUGUUCUCAACGGGGAUUUGGCGUGGGACGUCUUCAUUCAUUUUGCGUGACAUUGCUUCUCAAGAAAAAAACAAACGCAGGAAUCUGGAGAGAGGCACGCUUGCUGGUGGUGGGAGAGACUUGUAAAAUGAGAGGCGCUUCAGACCUAGAUUCACAGAAACAUAUUCUGUUACACCGCAUCAUGGAAAGGCAAGAACGGGCUAGGACACUUUCAAGAACAGGCAAACUGUGCUGUCACACAUAACAGAACUAAGUACAGCAAGCAUGGUACAUGGGCCAUUUCCAUUCCACCCUCACCUCCAACACAUUUGGCUUUCUCCUCUUUGAUGGUAUUGCAAUUUACUUACAUCUGCUCAUGGAAGCCCUAAGCUGCACAACAGCAGUUAUGCAGGGGGUUAAGCUUUUAAUUUAAACAUCUCAAACACCUCAAAUCAGACCUACAUCUGGGGUUACAGAUGAAAAUCUACUACUUGGCCUUUUUCAUUUCUACUACAUGGCUGGAAAAAAAGAGUACAAAGGCAUUUUUUGUCCUUGAAAAUGAAAACCCAAAGAGAGAUGCAUUGUUCUCAUCUGUCGUAGAGUGGUACAGGGGUCAGAGUGAGGAGCGAGGUUAAGUGAAUCACAGCUGCUUUUUCAAAAACGGAGGCCAUACCGUAUGUAAUAAUGGGCAGUUGAUGAGAUGCUAGAAGAAUGAAAGUCCUUUGUUUAUAGAGAAAGUAUCUCGCUUGGAAAAGGCAGGAAGAAACAGGGAUGGAUCUUCUUCAUGAACCUUCUCUGAAGGUUUAAUGAGGGAUCUGUACAGUGGAUCAUUUGCAGAAUUGGGAGUAAACUCUUUAAACAAAGGGCAUGUUACGAUGGGGAGAUUUAAGGGAAGUGCUGGUUUAAAUAUGGAAGUGGGAGGGGGUUACUUCUGAUUAAAGUAUUCCCACUUUGGGGAAUUUUUGCUGUGGGGUUGGUGAGGGAGAGUGGCAGACUGAGAAGUGAAAGAGAUGGGUUGCAUCGAAGCCCGAUGGUGACAGGAGAAAGCAGAGUUAGUACAAGCAAUUCCUGAAGUCAGGCACAGGAACGAGGGAAUAGCUAAAGGACAGAAGUACUUUCAUCUUCAGGACAUCUUCCACCAGCAGAGAGUGGCAGAUAACAGCUACCGCUGUUCUUUACUGAUAAGCCACUGACAGGUCCUCCAAUGAGGAUUCUCUGUGACCUUAAAAAGUAGUUAAUAUCAUCAAAUUGUUACUGAAAAUUCAAAGGCGGAAGCAGUUCUGAAACAUUGAUCAAGGAGCACCGAGUAGCUAAGAAUAAAUGACAGGUCAGACGUCCCAGACCAGCCUUAUUAACCCUGCUGCAUAAAUUAAUAUUUAACUUCUCACCUUUCAGGGGCACAAUUCCAAGAUCCAGCAUGAAAUAAAAUUGAAUUCAAUAAAAGGGAUAGAUAGAAAAACCCAAUGCUGAACAGUUCAGAACAUCAAAUGUGAGUCUAAGUGAUUCUUACAGUCCCUUGUAUUUAUACUGUACAGCACUUUUCACCCUGAAGAACCCCCGAUUACAUACGGAAGGGUAUUUAUCCGCCACCAAAGUGCGGAGGUCAUAAUAAAGCAGCAGCCCCACUACAUGACAGACCAGGUGGAGGUGUGAGAAAUGAAUUGAAUUAGGGAAAUUUGAAGGGGGAAGUCACGCAAGGCCAGAUUAUGAAAGCCCAGAGUGGAAUUUAGCCAGAACACGGGGGGGGGUUUGGAAAAGUGCUACUGUAUGUCCAGUUAUUGUGGACCUACAUAGUUUCAUCCAUAGGACAGUCCCUGCUAAUGCAUGGUGUACCCAGUUAAACAAAAUUAUUCCACUUAAAAGGUUCCUGCCUAUUAAACCAAGCUGAAGAAAGUGAUUUUGCACCUCCUUGAAGUGCUUCACUUGUGAGGAACUCACAUUCUGUGUCAUUCUCCAGGCAGGGAACUCGCAGUUGAAAAGACCAAUUCAGAUCAACACAAUUGCAAACCCAGUGACUGACAUCUCAAGAGCCAGGCUGGGAAUGAACACUUCUAAACAUCUUAGGUUAAGUUUACCAGGACUAUUUUAAACAUUUUGUUGACUAGCAGGGGAAAUGUGUUCUUGAGGGGACCUGGAUUGUUACAUUAAAACAGAUUUGCUGCAUUUGCAUUUCAGCAAAUAGCUACAGUACAAAGAGCUGAGACUUAGGACAGUCACCUGGGUGAGAUGCAGGAAGUGCUCAUGACUAAAAACUCAUUGUUAUGCAUCUGCAGCAUCUUAAUCUGAAUUAUUUUGCUGAUGCAGUUAUCUCUUUUAGACCUUAAAUCACAAGGAGUUUAUCCACACAGUCAUGAACCCACAGAUACUCUCUUUACGGCUGGCAGGGAAAAUCUGCUGUUCCUACAGAUUCAAGGGCAGCAGCUGUGGGGAAAGCAAUAGACUUGAGGUCUUAGAUAAGUCUAUAUUCUGAGUCACUAGUGAGGCUUCUCCUGCGGCUUGUGACCUUUUGCAGGAGUUUGGCCGAUGGCUGCCAAUCCACAUAAUUCACGUGAUGAAACAGUGGUUUAGUUUGGGUCAUGCACGCCCUCUAAUGCACUCUUUAAAACUGACUGGAGAAACAGACUUUACACAGGGUAGCAUUAUCUGCCAGAUCUGCAUCCCAGAAUCCUCCCUUUUUCCCCACUCUUAAUUAUCAGUGUACUGUACAGCUGUUACCAUGCGACAAGAGUAGAUAGUUGGUUUUGUCAUCAUAUUGUUGGGAAUAGCAGGGUGGGAGGGAGAGAGUUGUUACUUUAAGUCCGAACCCGCUCUCUUCUGAUGAAUUUGUACAUCUGAACAGAACAAAAAGGAUCUCAACUGCUUCAAAGCCACUGUUUUUGUCUCUUUAAAACGUGUGGAGUGAAAUGGUUUACACAAUUACUUACGAACACAUUUUGUCUUCUCAUUCCUGUUCACACUGACGAUUAGUAUAGUGUUCAGUCCUUAAAAAACGAAAAACAUUGCGAACAGGUUGCAACUCACAGGAUUUCAUGGCUGUUUAUGCAACAGUUUAUAAUUAUAUGCAUGCUCUGCUACAUCAUUCUAUAGAAACUGAGUAGGCCAGGGAAACAGGAAGACAACCAGGGAACCAUGACAACAGUCCUAAGGGGCCAAGCCAUCUUUUACUUGCCUGUCUGCAAGGGCAAUGUCUGGCUCGGGUGUCAUGAGGAAAAAUGAGUGCUAGCAAAAGGCCCAUUUCAGGAGGAGGGAGAAUCCUUAGAAGAAAAGUGGUGUUUGAUCAAGUACUGUUGUAAAAGCAUGUGUACGUUUUAGGAGAGUCGGUUGCCUUCUGUUGCUCAUUAAAGAUAUUGGUUUCUUGACAUAAA